CCCUCUCCUGUCGCUUCAUCCUUCACGCCACCACUCUCCUCCCCCUCCUAUUUCAAUCACCGCUACCCCGGCGACAAACACAGCGGAGCGCAUCUCGACGGCGGCCAUGGCGACGAACGGGAGGCCCGCCGCGUCCGUCGACCCCGACGUCGCGCUCGCAUACAAGUUCCCCGAGGCCUCCUUCGCCUACGACGAGAGGGACGUGGCGCUGUACGCGCUCGGCGUGGGGGCCUGCGGCGCGGACGCCGUCGACGACAAGGAGCUCCACCUCGUGCACCACAGGGACGGCCAGCGCCAUAUCAAGGCGAUUCCUACCUUUGUGUCUUUAUUUCCUAACAAGAACAGCAAUGGGCGUGGAAUUAUUAAUGUGCCUGGCAUUCACUUCGAUGCAAGCCUUCUAUUGCACGGUCAACAAUACAUAGAGAUCUACAAGCCAAUUCCUUCAUGUGCCAGUGUUGUAAACAAGGUUAAGGUAGCUGGUUUGCAUGACAAAGGGAAAGCAACUAUUCUCGAGAUCGAAACUACCACCAGUCUCAAAGAUUCUGGCGAAGUGUUAUGUAUGAACAGGAGUACUAUUUUCUUGCGUGGCGCUGGAGGAUUUUCCGACUCUUCCCGGCCAUACUCGUAUACGACUUAUCCUGCCAACCAGAUUUCUCGCAUUUCUAUUCCAAAUUCCACACCUUCUGCGGUGUAUGAAGACCAGACGCAACAAUCCCAGGCACUCUUAUACAGGUUAUCUGGUGAUUAUAAUCCUUUGCAUUCAGACCCUAUGGUUGCACAGGUUGCAGGGUUCACCCGUCCGAUACUGCACGGCCUCUGCACCCUGGGGUUCGCGGCCCGGGCGGUCAUCAAGUCGUUCUGCCACGGGGACCCUGCGGCGGUGCGAAACAUCUUUGGCCGGUUUCUGCUGCACGUCUACCCCGGCGAGACGCUGGUCACCGAGAUGUGGGUCGACGGCCAGAGGGUGCAGUACCAGACCAAGGCGAAAGAGCGUGACCGCGCCGUGCUUUCCGGAUACGUGCUGCUCAAACACAUCCCCUCAUCAUUGCAUGGCAGGUCUUCGGAUGCAGAAAAUGGAGGAGGCCGGCUGUAGGAGUAGGGGCCGUCGCGCCAAGGAAGAAGAAGAAGAAGAAGAAGAAGCAGCGGUCUCGGGGCAAUGAACGGCCGGAGACCGAGCGACGGCGGUGGAGCAGGCCGGCUGGCACGUCUCUGUAUCAUAUAUCACACAUUGUGACCAGUUCAGUCUAAAUAAAUGAAAGUUGCAUGUGCAUCUGCUCAUGCAUCCCAGCGACAAAAUCGGCGUUCCACAACACUGGUCAGUGAACAGAGUGUGGUUGGGUAGAGGCCACAUC